AAAAUAACCUGACGUGAAAUAUACAAUUAAAUAUGUCUCAAAUAAUCCCCACCGCCCGAAAAAUUGCAGAAUUUUUAAUGAAAGAAGGAACUCCAAGAGCGAAAGUUUUCCUUAAAUAUGCUGUAGUGGAGUUAACUCCUCCAACACCUCUGGACAUUCCCCAAAUUAUAAGGGAAGCCGGAGGUCUAGUCUAUUCAACUUUAACAUUUUCAUGGAGAUUUCUGACAGUUAAAGAAGCUUUUGUGAAUACCCUCGUCGCCACUGAAGUGGGUUGUUGGUUUUUCGUCGGUGAAUGUAUUGGAAAAAAACAUAUUAUUGGAUACAAAAUUUAAAAUUUAUAACAUCACGUUUCUACACUUCGUU